UCGGUUUGCGUAAAUUGCGUAACGAAAAGCACGUACCGCACCGGACUGAGGAAGUUCAUACUUGUGUCGUUGUCUUAUCACUACCUCUGUACAUUUUGGACAACCUGAGGGUAUUUUACUCACUUUAUACACAUCGUAUGUUGAGAUUAUCCUGCUAUGGAAAACAAACCCAGAGAAACGUUUCUGAUCACUGGAGGGAGUGGAUAUUUUGGCCAUCGCCUGGCCUGCUCCCUGUAUAAAAAAGGAGCCCGAGUCAUUCUGUUCGACACAGUCCCUCCACUCCAAGAAGUACCAGAUGACAUUGUGUUUGUGCAAGGGGACAUAUGUGACUAUGACCAGGUUGAGAAAGCCUUGGCAGGUGUGGAUUGUGUAUUCCACAUAGCUUCCUAUGGCAUGUCGGGCCGGGAGCAGCUGAACAGGCACCUGAUAGAGGCGGUGAAUGUUCAAGGCACACAUCACGUCCUGAAGGCCUGCGUUGAGAACAGAGUGUCCAGACUGGUUUACACCAGCACCUUCAACGUGGUGUUCGGAGGACAAGUGAUAGAGAAUGGUGACGAAAGCCUCCCUUAUCUGCCUCUCCAUCUCCACCCUGACCACUACUCCAGAACAAAGUCCCUGGCUGAGAUGGCCGUGCUCAAAGCAAAUGACACAGCACUGAAGGACAGCUCCGAGGUGCUGAGGACCUGUGCACUGCGUCCGGCAGGGAUCUAUGGGCCUGGAGAACAGAGGCACCUACCCCGGAUAGUUGGGUACAUAGAGAGGGGGAUCUUUAGGUUUGUUUAUGGCAAAUCCAGCAGUCUCGUCGAGUUUGUCCACGUGGACAACCUUGUGUUGGCUCACGAGUUGGCUGCGGAGGCUCUGACCCCGGAGAAGCAGCGCCGCUCUGCCGGCCAGGCCUACUUCAUCUCAGACGGCAAGCCUGUCAAUAAUUUUGAAUUCUUCAGACCUCUGAUUGAGGGCUUGGGCUAUCCCUUCCCCAAACUACGUCUGCCAAUCUCUCUCAUUUACUUUUUCGCCUUUCUCACUGAAAUGAUUCACCACCUCGUCGGGCCCUUCUAUAAUUUCCAGCCACUGCUGACACGCACAGAGGUGUAUAAAACGGGUGUGACACAUUACUUCAGCAUGGGGAAAGCCAAGGUGGAGCUGGGUUAUGAACCCCAGGAGUACAACCUGAACGAGGUCGUGCAGUGGUUCAAAUGCAGAGGCCAUGGGAAGCAAUCGCACAACUCCUUCCUUGGUCAGUUUCUCCUCAACAUCCUGUUUGCUGCUGCCUUUGUUGCCAUGGUUCUGUCUUUUCUUCCCGUUGUUGGCAGUUGAUGAGGUUACACUCUACAAGGAAACCAUCACUCUGAUAUUUUCAGCUGACGCACUGUAUAAAACCACAAUGCAGUAUUUAUGAGCCAGUCUUGUUAAAGUGUCAUUACUGACCGGUGAUUCAGACCAAAAGGCACACAAGGUCUCAGAGAAAGAACAUCAAGGAGGUAGUUUGGCUGUUAUACUCUUAAUACACAAUAUUUGAACAAUAAAUGUAUUAAGUCUGGUCAUUGUAUCUGCAGGAUUGCAGAUAUAAGCAACUUAUAAGCCCAUCCAGUGACAUAUAUGUACUUAUCAAUGCCUUCUGUUUUCCACAACACUUGCCUCAUGAAAGACAAUCUCUUGGAUCAAAGUUGAUGAUGACUUAACGUGUAAUUGUUUUUAAUGUUUUGUAAUAAGAACACAUUGUUUUCUCAAUUGUAAUCAAUAAAACAUUACAAGUAAAACAA